AUUGGAUGGGAGACGUACAUUGAAGAGAUGGCGGAUUCCCAAAUGGUGAAUGCAAGGGGUCUCAACAUCACUCGUUCUGAUGACCGUCGUUACUGGCGAUGGGUCAAAGAGCCAGAAAACAGUGGUGACUACUUUGAAGCUGCUGAACUGUUAAAUGUAUGUUGGCUACAAGUGAGUGGAAAAUUUGAGAACCCAAAGCUGUCGCAAGGAACUCAUGAAGUUGUGUUGGUGGCCAAGAUGAAAACUAGAGCUUAUGGAUGGGAUGCUCCAGUGAAUUUCAAAUUAACUCACGCAGAUACUACAAAUCACGGGACCAUUAAUUUGGAGGAUAUGUUUAAGGAUAGUAAAGAUCAAUGGAAAGAUAUUAAGUUGGGUGAGUUUAAUGCAUCCACAAAUCAAGGGAACAUCGAGUUUUGGCUGUAUAAAUUUGGUGGGAAAUGGAAGAGCGGACUUGUUAUCAAGGGUGUUGCCGUUCGACCAAAGAGCUAAGUUGCAGAAUAUUAUUUUAAUAACUAGUUGGCAUAUGAUAUGAGCCGACAGAUGAUGGUAUGCAUAUAUGUAAUAAAUUAUAAUUAAGAAGAGAAUAAUGGAGCACUUUUAAGUAUUGCCAA